UCAAGGUGUGAGAGAAAGGUGGUUCAUUUCCAACAUGGAUAUACAAACAGCGAUGUCGGAUUUCGGGCAAAGUGACGAAACAGUUAAUCUUCUGAAUUUCGUGGAUAUGGCCUCUAGUAAUAUUAAAAUGGCUCUUGACAGACCAUCUAAAUCAAAACGCCGUGUGAAUCAUAGAAAAUAUCUACAAAAGCAAUUGAAACGCUGUGAUUCCAAGAAGCCGGGAGGUAAAGAUGAUCUGUCCAAGACCGUGGCCAAAAGUUCCAGAAAGGAGACUCAUCAGAUUGGAUUACAGAUCAAAUCUCUACAGGCUCUGUUUGAUCCUAGAACUCUUCAUGAUCAGCACCGACACGAUGGACAGCAGAGGACCACAUUUAAUCUACCAAAAGCUCCAAUGAGAGCCAGAAACCUCCCAGCAUCAUUCUUUAGUGAACCAAGUUCCGGUAAAAAUAACGUAGGCCUGGGUAGUUUUGUUCAAGUGGACGCGAUGUCGACUAUGGAUGCCAACAGUCAAAUGUGUACGCUUCCAACAGACACUUUGGAAUCAAUAUUAGGACAUAACGAUCUCAAUGAACUUUUAUCUGGAACGUGGCCCGAAACAUCCCGUGAAUCUGUUCGUACGCCUGGAAGUGACGGUAGUGUAGAUACAUGUAGUUCUCGAUCUUUCUCAGAUUCGGACAGUUUUUGUGCAACUUCUCCCAAUCCUUUGACUAGAAGCCCAUCAUGGUCGCCUUGUUUAAAUAGUGUAUCUGCGAACAGUCCAUUUAUUCAAGAAGACACACCAAACCCCUUAUUGUUUCCAUAUAAUGCUAAUUUAGACAAUUUUCAACAUGAAUUUGACCCAGUGAAUUACAGAAAUAUUAUAGAACCUGAACAAACUCAAUUUGGACAAUCUGGACUGCCUACAUUCCCACAAGCUUUUACGAGAACCAAUUCUGGAUACCAUAGCACCAGUAUCAAUUCGUGGCAGCAGUACCCAUUAGAGCCACCGUUUACAUUUUAACUGUUAUUUCAUUUUCCACAAUUACAUAAUAAACAGAGGAAUCAUUACGAUCAAAUCAAGAGGACUUAAUGCAAUACAGAUUAUUUUUAUGUUUAUAGGCCUAUGAGAAAUUAUUGUGCAAGAAAUUUAAUUUUGUGAAUAUUAUGUUUUGUUUAUGUUUAUUAUUUAUUUUAUUGUUUACCUCGGAGAGAAAUAUUUGAAUAAGUAGAUAUAUGAUUUUUCUACUCCUGUGUGACUGUGAUGCCAACCCCAAUUUAUAUAAGAAUUGAAUAAAUUAUAGAUUAUGAACAU